CGGACAGAUCAAAACCCGCGGCCAAGUUGCGCAAGUCGUCCAAUUGGUGCAUCGAACGCAUUUUGAAGUCCGUCUGCAUGAUUAAAGUAUUUAUAUUACUUUAAUAUUCCUUCAACGACUCUUUUGUACCCCUUAAUUCCUUCAUUCUUAUCAUUUCAAUCUCUUACCACUUCCACAGCUCGUCGCAUGAAGCACACACACACACACACACAAUAGCAGCAGCAGCCAUGGCCUCCGAACGCCCCGAAAAGAAGGACAAGAAGGAGAAGAAGGAGAAGCGAAGCGACGACGCCGGCGUGGCCAAGUCCAAGAAGGACAAGAAGGAAAAGAAGGACAAGAAGGACAAGCUCGCCUCGGCGCUGGACGAGAAGCUCCAGCAGGACGUUGCCGCGCAGACCUCUGCAAAGGCCUCGGAGGAGGCGUCCGACAUGGACGAGGACAACAAGCCGCAAGCCGAGCAGCUUCCCCUCGAGCGCAAGGUGGUGCCGUUUGCGGUGCCGCUGGCGGAUGAGAAGGGCCAGAAGAAGAUUUGCAAGACCAUCCGAAAGGCUGCCAAGAACGGAACCCUCAAGCGCGGCGUCAAGGAAGUCGUCAAGACGCUCCGAAAGUCUCCCCCCAGCGCCCCCGGCUACACCUCGUUCCCCGGCGUCGUCGUCAUCGCCGGCGACAUCUCCCCCAUGGACGUCAUCUCCCACCUGCCCGUGCUGUGCGAGGACCACAACGUGCCCUUCAUCUUCGUCACGUCGCGCGCCGAGCUGGGCGCCGCGGCCAAGACCAAGCGGCCCACCAGCGUCGUCAUGAUCAUGGAGAAGGCCGAGGGCAAGAAGAAGCCUGCCGCCGCCGCCAAGAAGGAGGCCGACGACGAGGAGGACAGCGGCGAGGCGUACAGCGAGAGCUACGCUUCGCUGGUCAAGCUUGUGCAGAAGGAGGCUGGCAAGCAGGCGUUUUGGACAAAGGGUGAAUCGAAGGCGUGAAAGAAGAAAAAAGGGGGAAAAGGCCAAGUUGUGGGAUUUGACCAGUGUUGGGAGGUUCGACAUGUUUGGGUGAAUGGGGGUGGUGGUGUGAUGCAAAGUAAUCUGGGUGUAUAUUAACCAUACCAGAGGGAUUGUCUUGCAGCAAGACUGCUGGGGC